CUUUGUUAUUUGAAAACAAGAAAAUGUAGUUACAUGUGAUUUUUGGUAUAUAUUCUUCGUAUGAUGGCUACAUAUGAUAUUCUUUAUAUAAAAGAUCUGAGAGAAUAAUCACUAGAUUUGCAAUACUAAAGGCAUUUGGUGCUUCAGUUUUGUUGUAGCAAUUGGCGGUUUGUUGGAGAAAUAUAUUAUUACUGACAGUUAUUGUCUACUACACUGGUAGAGAGAGAGAGAGAGAGAGAGAGAGAGAGAGAGAGAGAGAGAGAGAGAGAGAGAGAGAGAGAGAGAGAGAGAGAGAGAGAGAGAGAGAGAGAGAGAGAGAGAGUGUGAGAGGCAGGCUCCAGACCUUUCCUUAUUUAUCCUCAAUGGUUUGUCAACUGUCAACUAUAAAGAUAAAAUGAUAUGAUUGGCAGGGUAAGGAUUGCUUUCAUAUCUAUUGGUGACCUACUAGUGAGGUCAAUAAAUUCUUCAUCUGCAAAAACAUAUGAAUGGUUGAUAGACCUGCUUUCCAUGCCAAGGCUGUUAGAGGACACAACUUUAAAGUAUCUUUAAAACCAAAAUAUAUUUUAAUGUACCAUCAUUAAUCAGCAAAGAAAAGAAUUAUUUUUACAGAACAAGAACAAAGAGUUAUCAUGCAAGAGCACUUGGAGAGCAACAAUAGCAGAUACUUGCUUAUUGAUAUGAAUUCCAGAGAAAAAAAUAGUACUUGCAUAGAUGAAGAGAAUGCAGUGUAUAUUAAGCAGGAGGAUGAUAUAGACAUAAAGGAGGAAAAUUCAUUUGAUUUUGAGGAAAAUGAAGUUUUGCACGGAGACUGGAAUCCCCAGGACGAUAGCCGGAGUGUGACUGAAGAGUUUUCCCUUAACUGCUCUCCUUUAUUGAGCAUAGCAGAAAAGACUCACUUUUGUAAAGAAUGUAGAAAGACAUUCUGUAGUAAAAAUGCAUUGGUCAUUCACAUGAGAAUACAUUCUGGUGAGAAACCUUUCAGAUGUGAGGUGUGUGCUAAAGCGUUUUCUAGUAAUGGGCAUCUUUUAAGGCACCUCAAGGUACAUACUAGAGAAAAACCAUAUACAUGUGACAUAUGCAAUGAGAAAUUUGGUCGGAAAGAAAAUGUCGUGAUACACAUGAGACGGCAUACAGGAGAAAGGCCUUAUGAUUGUGAAAUGUGUGGCCGCAAGUUUGCUCAGAAAAGUGCUCUUGUGAGCCAUAAAAAAAUGCAUACAGGAGAGAAACCUUUUAGUUGUACAAUAUGUGAUGCAAAAUUUGCAUUUAGAGGUGGUGUAGUAACACACAUGAGGGUUCAUACAGGUGAGAAGCCUUUUGUUUGUCAGAUAUGUGAAAGGAACUUUGCUCAAAGAAGUUCCUUAAUAACUCACAUGAGAACACACACUGGUGAGAAACCUUUCAGCUGUAUGUACUGUGGUGAAAACUUUACCAAUAAGGGAAAUUUAAUAACUCAUGUUAGGAUACACACUGGAGAAAAGCCUUAUAAUUGCAGUAUCUGUGAAGUGCGUUUCUCUCAAAGAAGCAGUUUGGUUGUGCAUAUGAGAGUGCAUGCAAGAGAUAAGUUACUUUAAUCAUAGAUAGGAAUUUACCUGGUAAGCCAAAUAAUGUGUCAAACAAACAUGAUUUUAAUACUGUGUAAGUAUUAUCUUAACAUAUUUUAAGUGUGCUUUCUGCAAGUUGUACAGUAGUUGAACUCAUGCUUGUAUAAUUUGAACAUUGUAUGCUAUGUUUUAAUAUAUUAUUUAGAUUCA